GAGAUUAAAUUGAGUUGCACCGGGUGUAUGUUAGGCUAGUUAGAUGUAGCCUGUUAGCUUUAGAAUAUUGUCAUCGUACGCAGCUGUAAAAUGAGCAUUACGUACACGAUUUUUGAGGCAAGACCAUAAAAUAAUUGGAAAUUUGUAUUUUUUCUCGCAUUAGCGGAAGUGUACCGCCCGACACUUUUGGUCGAAGCCUUUUCCCUGCUAGCUGUCCCGUCUCGGUUAGUUAUCUGUGCUGUCUUUCUUAGCUAGCUACAUUAGCAUAUGGGUGUCAGAGUUAGCAGUGACUCAACCGGCGGUGUCUUUUCCCCUCCACGUCUCAUAUUUUGGACACGUCAAGGUUCUUAGCUCUGCGUAUUGAUUUUUGGGGGGUGUGAUGUCAGAAUCGAAGACCCCCACUCCCAUCCCUGCAGGCGACACUUAUAAAGGCUGGGUCUUCAAGUGGACUAAUUACAUCAAAGGCUAUCAGCGGCGGUGGUUUGUCCUCAGCAAUGGCCUCCUGUCGUACUAUAGGACCCAGGCGGAGAUGGGUCACACGUGUCGCGGCACCAUUAACCUGGCCACAGCGACCAUCACCGUAGACGACGCCUGCAACUUCGUCAUAACCAACGGCGGCGCCCAGACGUACCACCUGAAGGCCAGCUGCGAGGUGGAGCGGCAGAAGUGGAUCACCGCCCUGGAGCUGGCGAAGGCCAAAGCCGCCCGCAUGCAGGCCGAGUCAGAUGACUCGGGCGACGACUUCUCUCCGUCCUCUCCAUCGGCGGCGCCGGGAAAAGGCGCGGGGUCGCAAAAUCUAGAAUUCCAUUCUGCAAUGAGAACGCUGGGCAGCAAGGUGGAGGAUCUGAGCACGUGCAAUGACCUGAUCUCAAAGCAUGGCUCCGCCCUCCAAAGGUCUUUGUCAGAGCUGGACAGUUUAAGUUUGACCGGAGAGGCGGGGGAGAAGAUCCGGCAGGUGACGGAGAGAGCCACGCUGUUCCGCAUCACCUCCAACGCCAUGAUCAACGCCUGCAAAGACUUCCUCACUCUGGCUCAGACUCACAGCAAGCGGUGGCAGAAGGCGCUGCAGGCCGAGCGGGAGCAGCGAGUGAGGCUGGAGGAGACUUUAGAGCAGCUGGCCAAGCAGCACAUCCACCUGGAGCGGGCGCUGAGGGAGGCGGCGCAAACCAACCCGUGCGCCGACAGUAAAAGCGUUUCUGGGCCUGGAAAAGGAGAAGUGAGUGAUGACGACGAUAAUGAGUUCUUUGAUGCCAUGGAGGAGGCUCCGGAGUUCAUCACCGUACCCGCAGACCCUCAGUUCCAUAAAAGGUCGAGCAGCAACGUCAGCGGCUUCAACAGUGAGAUCUACCAGGACGACCAGUCGCUGAACGAAGAGCCGAUGGCGACAAACCAGGAGUCCCCGUCUCAGGAGCUGGUUCCUCUAAAAAAGAGGCGGGCGCGCAUCCCAGACAAACCCAACUACUCCCUCAACCUCUGGAGCAUCAUGAAGAACUGCAUCGGCAAAGAGCUGUCAAAGAUCCCCAUGCCUGUAAACUUCAACGAGCCCAUUUCCAUGCUGCAGCGGCUGUCGGAGGAUCUGGAGUACCACGAGCUGCUGGACAAAGCUGCGAAGAGCCACAACUCUCUGGAGCAGAUGUGCUACGUGGCGGCCUUCUGCGUGUCCGCUUACUCCACCACCGUGUACCGCACAGGGAAGCCCUUCAACCCUCUGCUGGGGGAGACGUACGAGCUGGACCGCCAGAGGGAGAGCGGCUACCGCUCCCUCUGCGAGCAGGUGAGUCACCACCCCCCCGCCGCAGCACAUCACGCCAUCUCCGAUCGAGGAUGGACCCUGAGGCAGGAAAUCACAGUUGCCAGCAAGUUCAGGGGCAAAUACCUCUCCAUUAUGCCCUUAGGCACAAUUCACGCCAUCUUUGAGAAGGGCAACAAUCACUACACGUGGAAGAAAGUCACCACCACCGUGCACAACAUCAUUGUGGGAAAGCUGUGGAUCGACCAGUCUGGAGAGAUCGAUGUAGUGAACCACACCACCGGAGACCGCUGCCACUUGAAGUUUGCCCCCUACAGCUACUUCUCCCGAGACGUGGCCCGAAAGGUGACGGGCGUGGUGAUGGACAAGACCGGCAAGGCCCACUACGUUCUGUCGGGCACGUGGGACGAAAAGAUGGAGUUCUCCAGGGUGAUGCAGAGCAGCCGCGGAGGGGAGAACGGGACGGAGGGCAAACAGAAGACGGUCUAUCAAACACUCAAAGCCAAAGAGCUGUGGAGGAGGAACCCUUUACCGGAGGGGGCGGAGACCAUGUAUUACUUCACUGCCUUGGCUCUGACGCUGAACGAGCCCGAGGAGGGCGUGGCGCCCACCGACAGCCGCCUCCGACCCGACCAGCGCCUGAUGGAAGACGGCCGCUGGGACGAGGCCAACGCCGAGAAGCAGCGGCUGGAGGAGAAGCAGCGCAUCGCUCGCCGCGAGAGGGAGCGCGAGGCCCUGAACCAGCGCUCCUCCAGUACAUCCGAAGAAGCUGUCGAUGAGGACUCUGUUACUGACCCUUCCUUAAAAAGCGCCCCUCACGAUAACUACCAAGCCCGCUGGUUUGACCACACAAAGGACAAAAUCACAGGUGAGUCGGUCCACGUCUAUAAGGGAGGCUACUGGGAAGCAAAGGAUCAAGGCAACUGGGAGGACUGCCCCGAUAUAUUCUGAAGCUCUUCCUGGACUUUCACAAGGGACUUCCUGGAUGUCCGCCUCCCUCCAGUGGCUCUCUGUUGUAGGAGAUCUCCUGAACUCUCACUGCUGUCUGGUUUCUCCCCCCUCUUUUAUUUCGUUUUGAUCGUACUCUCCCACAGUCGCAGCAGAGAAGUAGUCAAUUUUCCUUGUCGCGUCGGUCGAGGAUCUUUCCUUUCCUGCCGUCAUCCACACUGUUUUUUCUUUGCUUCACAACUUUAAAAAAAACAAAAAAGGGGAUAAUAUUUACACAUCUAUAUGCUUAAAUCAUUAAAUAUCAGCUGGUGGCCUUCAAAGAAAUUAAUUUUUGUUUUAUUGCUGAUUCUGUGUCUUAUGGUGAUGAAGUGUGCUCGUGUAAAGCCGUCUUCCAUUGUUUAAAAGAGAAAAAGAUUUUGCUGUACUUCUGCGUACAAAAACACAUAAUCAGUUCAUGUACUUGUCGACCAUUCCCACUGUAACAACGUUUUUUAAUGAAAAAAUGUGCACAAUUUCAUUUUGCCUUAAAAGAAGCAACCUUCUGGGUUACAUUUGGGAGAAAAAAAAAAAAGUUUCCGGUGGUUUCACGUUGAAACACUCGCAUUAACAAAUGUUUGUUAGUUUGAAGUUUUAUUCAACUGGAAAAAAGAGUUUUAUGAUGACUCAGCUAAAAUCCCAGCGAGUGCUUUUUUUUUUUUUUUUUUUAACAAAGGCAACACUUUGAAAACAAGCGUCCCACCUGUGUAGAGGUAUGCAAGUUCUCUGACACCAAAAACAUGAGGCGUCUGUGCGAGUGUGUCUGUCUGUGUGUGAGAAUCUCAAUUUUGUUUGUAAGUGUACUUAAAAAUGAAGAAUUAAAACAAGAAUUUAAAUGCAUUGAAAAUAACUGAUUUUAUAAAUGUAUAGAAAAUAUAUUAUCGGUAACUAUAUUGUAGUUUUUUUUCUUGUAAUUUUUUUUUGGUUGUAAUAUUGGACGAGGAUUUUUUUUUUUUUUUUAGAAAAGGGAGUUUACAUACUUGAUUAAGGUCAAAGACAUUUGUCAGUAUUUUGUAUUAACACAAGAAUCUGUAAUAAAUGCUGCAAUGUCAAAGACCGUC